GUGACGUUUCCCGCCAGCGCGGGAAGAUAGCCCUCGUGACGUCACACGUGCAUACACGGGUCGAGUCUUCUGCUUUAAAGAUUUACUAGUGAAGCAAAUUCAUCAAAAUCCUGAGUACUAACUUCAUCCAACUCCCGGCUCCAUUGCAUCGCAGGAGGAACCAUGCAGGCCUUUCUGAAAGGAGCAACCGCUCCAGUGAGCAGAGCUCCGAGGGACAAGGCAGCAGCAGCCAGCUCCGAAAAAAAAGCCAAGGCUGUUCCCUGGGUGGAAAAAUAUAGACCAAAAUGUAUUGAUGAGGUGGCCUUCCAGGAGGAGGUUGUAGCGGUUCUGAAGAAAUCUUUGGAAGGAGCUGAUCUUCCCAACCUGCUCUUCUACGGUCCUCCUGGAACAGGAAAGACGUCCACCAUCUUAGCUGCUGCCAAAGAACUUUAUGGUCCUCAGCUGUACAGACAGAGGGUGUUGGAGCUGAAUGCUUCCGAUGAAAGAGGCAUCCAGGUCAUCCGGGAGAAAGUCAAGAACUUUGCUCAGCUCACGGUGUCCGGGACUCGUCCUGACGGGAAGCCGUGUCCUCCGUUUAAGAUCAUCAUCCUGGACGAAGCCGACUCCAUGACGGGGCCGGCCCAGGCUGCUCUCAGACGCACCAUGGAGAAGGAGUCUCGUACCACCCGCUUCUGUCUCAUCUGCAACUACAUCAGCAGGAUCAUCGAGCCUCUCACAUCCAGAUGUUCCAAGUUUCGUUUCAAACCUUUGGCCAACCAGAUCCAGGAAGAGCGUCUCCUGGAGAUCUGUGAGAAAGAGAAGCUCCAGUACACGGAGGAGAGUAUAGCGGCGUUGGUGCAAGUGUCCGAAGGAGACCUGAGGAAAGCCAUCACAUUUCUCCAGAGUGUUGCUCGGCUCAGCGGUAACAAAGAAAUCACCGUUGGUGCCGUGGUUGAGAUAGCAGGGGUCGUUCCCUCCCCGAUGAUCCACUCCCUGCUCCAGAUCUGCUUCAGAGGAACAUUUGAGAAUCUAGAGGUCGUGCUCAAGAACACGGUGGACGAAGGCUACGCAGCCACCCAGAUCCUGAACCAGCUGCUGGACUCCAUCAUAGAGCAGGAUCUCCCGGACAAGAACAAGUCUGCCAUCACAGAGAAGAUGGCGGUUGUGAGUAAGUGUCUGUCCGACGGAGCAGAUGAAUAUCUGCAGAUGUUGAGUCUGUGCUCCGUCAUCAUGCAGCAGGCCAGCCAGGCCUAGUCCAGGCCUAGUCCAGGCCUAGACCAGCCCCCGCUCCCCCCGGAGCCUCCGGAGGUCCCGGGUCCGCUGCAUCGUCGGCCCACGGUGCUGGUUUCCACAGUCCCUCCUUUAGCUUUCUCACUUUCACAAACAGGUGAUAUGUAAAACCUGUGUAAUAUUUUGGAGAAUAAUAAAGAUUGUGGUUGUUUC